AUGUCGCUAAGAAAAGUGUUAUCUGUGACCAGAGAUAUAAAAAUAUUACAAAGAACAUUUGUCCAUAGAAGUUUUCAAUUCUCACAAAAGAAAAGCAAUCGGCGUACAUUCACAACAAAAUUAUUUACCGUGUCUUCAAUUACUGCAAUGGGUAUUUGGGGCCUCAGUAAAAAGAAAGGUGAAAAUGAAACAGUUAUAACUACAAAGGAACUUCUAAUAGCAAAAGCUGAUGCAUUAUAUGAUCAAGAAAAGUACCAAGAAAUAUAUAAACUUUUGGCAAAUUACAAAGAUAGUGGAGAUGUUGAUAUUAUAUGGCGUUUAUGUAGAGCAAUGUAUAAAAUGUCUAAGGCAGCCAAUGAGGUAGAUGGGAAAAAAUUGAUUUUCGAAGCUUACAGUUUCAUAUUGGAAGCCCUCAAAAUAAAAGAGGAUCAUUGGGCUGCACACAAGUGGGCAUCAAUUCUUCUUAAUUCUAAGACUCUUUAUGAGGGAACAAGAGCACAAAUAAAAGAAUCAUAUAACAUCAAAAAACAUAUGCUGAGAGCAAUAGAACUGAAUCCAAAAGAACCAACACUUAUGUAUAUGUUAGGGACCUGGUGUUAUCAAGUUGCAGAUUUAACAUGGUAUCAAAGAAAAAUUGCAUCAGUAAUAUUUGGGGAACCACCAGUUUCAUCCUACGAAGAAGCAUUAAAAUAUUUCGAAAAUGCAGAAGAAAUUGACCCCAAUUUCUAUAGUCAGAAUUUACUGAUGUUGGGAAAAACCUAUUUAAAAUUGAAUCAAAAGGAAUUAGCUUUGAAAUAUUUAAAACUGACCGCUGAAUAUUCCGCGCGAAAUAAAGAUGAUCACGAUGCCAAACAGGAGGCACAAAAAUUGUUAAAAAACUUUUAA